AUGAGAAAACACCUCAUCUCUGAACCAAACUUUAUGACCUCUCCAUACACUGAGAGAGAAGAACACAACAGAUAAAGUCCUUACUUUUACAAUCAAUGCAUCUCCAAUAGACACGUCGAUUGCCAGGGAGAAGUGUAUGACAGAAGAGAUUUGAGUAAUGCAAGUAAGGAUAAGCAAUUGUUGAAACCAGAAACGGUUAGACAGAACAAUAGAUUGAAAUCAAAGCCAGCAGUAACAAGAUUGAUGAAAAAAUAAAUAAUAACUAAUUUUAUUGAGAAUAAAAAACUCUUUUAUAGUGUGACACCCAUGUAGCCAAUCUAUGAUCAAUUCAAAUAAAGAUAUGAAUAGAGAGAGAGGGAUAGAAAGUUUUAGAACAAACAUUUUGAUAAGACAUACAAACAUCAUUUGAGUAGAGCCAUUCAAUACACACUCCAAUAAGUAUUGAACUUCCUAUCAUUUGACGAUGUCUUUAAGGUGAGAUUGGAUCGAUAGGAUUAUGAUAGAUAUCUGAGGAGAUAACCCAAAUUAUUGUAAAAUAGUGUCAGUGCUCAAGAUUUGUUGAUCCUACAAUCAAAUUAAAUGGAAAAUGAAUUGACCUCAAAUCGCAAGAUUUAAUUGAUCAAGAAUGUUUUCAGUGAUCCCCAUUUUGAUGCAAAAGACAGAGAAAUCUUGUAUCAAGUCUUAAAAUUUCAAAUAUCUCAAGCCCAAAAAUAAGUAGCAAAGUUGGAGAAAGCCAGCAUGGGCAUAAAAGGAUUGAAUCGAUUUCAAAAUAAGAAAGAAGGUCAUUUGGAAUAAUUGGCAAUCAUUAUUGAUUUCUUGUAAAAUAAUUAUGAAAAAUUAGUUAAGUUACUUUGA